GGUUUUUUAAAAGAAAGCCAUGGCUUUAAGAUGGUUUGGGUUUUUUUCAGAAGAAAGCCAUGGCUUUGGAGAUGUUUGGGGUUUUUUUCAGAAGAAAGCCAUGGCUUUGGAGAUGUUUGGGGUUUUUUCAGAAGAAAGCCAUGGCUUUGAGAUGUCUGGCUGUCCCAGGGGAGGGAAGAGCAGCAGCAGCUGAUUCUGUCCGUGGCACGCCAGCUCUGGGAGCAGCUGUGCCACAGCCCCACAUGUGGCUCCCUUCUGCUCCCAAGUGCAGCAAACCUCAAAAAAUCCCUUUUUGGGAACUGCUCAAGGUGUUGUUCGAGGAGGAAAGGACAAACCCUGCUCCUGCUGUGGGCAUUUGGGGAAAAUGGGGCUGGAGGGUGAGAGGUGCCACUGUCACCUGCGCCAUGUGUCCCCAUGGGGCUGGGGAAGGUCCCCAAAUCCCCUCUGGGAUGGGCAGAACGUCCUAAAUGUCUGCUGAAACACCAGCAGAUCAGCAAGGGAGGGUGAUAAAUGUGAAUUUCAAGGGUUUUUUUUUAAUGGCAAAGUUCAGGUGUGAGCCCAGAGCUGGGGUUUGCUCAGGGCAGCACCCGUGAGGGUUGGCAGCAGUGUUUGCUCAGCCUCAGCGAGGGGCUGGGGCACAGGAGUGGCACGGUGACAAUGACACUGCUGUUAUCAGCACAGGGGGAGGGCCCUGGAGCCAAACAAACCUGUGCUGGUUCCACCUCUGCUGCCCUGCAAACGCUGCAGCAGCUUCUGCUGGGCUGCAGGGAGCACCUGCGGCCCCCAGCCCGUGAGCAGGAGGAGCAGCCUGCAGUGGAUCCCUGCCUGGGCUCCCCACAAGAAGAGGAAGAGGCACAGACGGUUCCUUGGCCGUUGAUAAAAUGGGAAGCAGCGUCUCGCCAGCAGCCCGGCACGGGAAGCUCCAAUCCUCGCCUGGGGGGCAUCCCUGGGGGCUCUGCAGCUGGCAGGACACAGCCCUGUGCCACUGAGGGGUCGGGCUGGGGACAGCAUGUCCUGGCAGAGCCGCAGCACCCAGCUGCUGCUGGUCAACUCGCUGACCUUCGGGCUGGAGGUGUGCCUGGCCGCUGGCAUCACCUGCGUGCCACCGCUGCUGCUGGAGGUGGGCGUGGAGGAGAAGUUCAUGACCAUGGUGCUGGGGAUAGGCCCCGUGCUCGGGCUGGUUUUCGUGCCUCUCAUCGGCUCGGCCAGCGACCACUGGCGCAGCAGCUACGGCCGCAGGAGACCUUUCAUCUGGGCGCUGUGCCUGGGCGUGCUGCUCAGCCUUUUUGUCAUCCCCCACGCCAGCAGCCUGGCCGGCCUGUGCGCCCUCAACCCGCGGCCCCUGGAGAUCGCCUUCCUCAUCGUGGGCAUCGGCCUGCUGGAUUUCUGUGGCCAGGUGUGCUUCACCCCUCUGGAGGCCCUGCUCUCGGACCUCUUCCAGGAGCCGGACAACUGCCGCCAGGCCUUCUCCAUGUACGCCUUCAUGGUCAGCCUGGGGGGCUGUAUCGGCUACCUGCUGCCCGCCAUCGACUGGGCCUUCCUGGCGCCCUACCUGGGCAGCCAGCAGAGCUGCCUCUUCGCCCUGCUGGCCCUCAUCUUCCUCGCCUGUGUGCUGGCCACGCUGUUUGUGACAGAGGAGGCCGCGCAGGGGGAUCUCCUAGACACGCCAGCGCUCAAGGACGUGUCCCCGAAGCCACCAAAGCCACCAAAGGCGUCCCUGUGGUGCUGCUGCUGCUGGCGGGCGGCGCGGGGGCCGUGCCUGCUGCAGGGCAGGCGGGUGCUGCAGGCCGGGAGGAAGCUGUGCCUGCUGCUGCCGCGGCUGCACGGCCUCUACUGCCGCAUCCCCAGGGUCAUCCGGCGGCUCUUCGUGGCCGAGCUGUGCAGCUGGAUGGCCCUGAUGACCUUCAUGCUCUUCUACACGGAUUUUGUGGGCGAGGGGCUGUACCACGGCGUGCCCAGGGCCAAGCCGGGCACGGAGGCCAGGCGGCACUACGAUGAAGGUGUGCGGAUGGGCAGCCUGGGGCUCUUCCUGCAGUGCAUCACCUCCAUCUUCUUCUCGACAAUCAUGGACAGGCUGGUGAAGCGCUUCGGCACGCGGGCCGUGUACCUGGCCAGCGUGGUGUUCUUCCCCGGGGCAGCCUGUGUCAUGUGCCUGUCCCACAGUGUCACCGUGGUCACCAUCUCCGCUGCCCUGACCGGCUUCACCUUCUCUGCCCUCCAGAUCCUGCCCUACACGCUGGCAUCCCUCUACCACCAUGACAAACAGGUUUUUCUCCAUAAAUACAAGAGGAAAGAGGAGGAAGACUCCGCUCUGCUGGACAAGAAACCCUCCUUCUCCAAGGGGCUGCUCCCCAGCCAGAAGCUGUCCUACCAGAACGGCCACGCUGGGAUCCUCUUCUCCUCUUCCUCCCCCUCCUCCUCCUCCUCCUCGCCGGCCUCCCCUCAGGCCGGGCCCAGCUCUGCGCUGUGCGUCAGCUCCUCCUGCGACGUCUCCCUGCGGAUCAUGGUGGGCGAGCCGGAGCCGGGGGCUCCCGGCCGGGGGAUCUGCCUGGACCUGGCCAUCCUGGACAGCGCCUUCCUGCUGUCCCAGGUGGUGCCCUCGCUCUUCAUGGGCUCCAUCGUGCAGCUCACCCAGUCUGUCACGGCCUACAUGGUGUCGGCCGCCGCCCUCGGCCUGGUCGCCAUCUACUUUGCUACCAAAGUUGUCUUUGACAAGGGUGACAUGGGCAGGCACUCUGUGUGACACAAACAGCUCUCUGUGUGUGUGUGUGUGUGUGUCUGUGUGUGUGUCACAGGGUGACAGGACACUGGGUGUGCCCACAGGGCCACUCGUGUGGCACUGGCUGUCCCCGGCUGGCGCUGCCAGCUCUGGGGUUCAUCUCAGGUGUAAAUAAGAGGCUCUGGGCCGUUGUGCUCAGGGCCUGAAGGGCUUUCCAGAGGUGCCUUCAGCAGAGGGAGGCACGGCACAGCAGCACCAAAGGGUCCCUGCAGGGGGGAAAGGGAAUUGGGGGUUUCCCUCUGGUGAUAACGGGUCGUGUUCCUGAGCAGGAGCAGCACUGGGAGGGGAUCAACCACUGCCUUUUCCUUUGCUUUCUCUUUUCUUUCUCUUUUCUUUCUCUUUUUUUUUCUUUUCCCCUUUCCUUUCCUUUCCUUUCCUUUCCUUUCCUUUCCUUUCCUUUCCUUUCCUUUCCUUUCCUUUCCUUUUCCUUUCCUUUCCUUUCCUUUCCUUUCCUUUCCUUUCCUUUCCUUUCCUUUCCUU